AUGAGUCUUUUACGCCUAUCUAUCUAUCUAUCUAUCUAUCUAUCUAUCUAUCUAUCUAUCUAUCCCAAUCUGCUCAUCUCUCUAUCCAAAACCUUUUCUCUCUCUCUCUUUGUAUUUAAACCUGUUCAUAUCUAUCUAUCUAUCUAUCUAUCUAUCUAUCUAUCUAUCUAUCUAUCUAUCUAUCCAAAACUUCUCUCUCUCUCUUUGUAUCUAAACCUGUUCAUAUCUAUCUAUCUAUCUAUCUAUCUAUCUAUCAUUAUGUGUCCAUACCAUCUAGUUAUCGUUGUGUGUAUUCGCCUCCCAUUUCAUCGUACAUCUAUCAAUAUUCUUUGUUUUCUUUCUUUCUUUAUUUCUCUUUUGGCCCUCGUUUCGUUCAUAUCUAUCUAUCUAUCUAUCUAUCUAUCUAUAUCUAUCAAACUAGCUAGCUAUCAAGACUGUUCAUAUCUAUCUAUCUUCUAUCUAUCUAUAUCUAUCUAUCUAUCAAAAGUCUAUUCAUAUCUAUCUAUCUAUCUAUCUAUCUAUCAUCUAUCUAUCUAUAAAUCAAAGUCUAUUCAUAUCUAUCUAUCUAUCUAUCUAUCUAUCUAUCUAUCUAUCUAUCUAUCUAUCUAUAUCUAUUCAUAUUUAUCUAUCUAUAUAUAUCUAUCUAUCUAUCUAAUAUCUAUCUUUUCUACAUAA